GUUGUACUGUGCGUUUACAGCUCCGCUUUGUCCCUUGUUGAUCGCCGUAGUUACGUCAUCAGCAUGGAGGAGUCCUCUCUCUGAUGAAUUCUUGACCUUCCUAAAUUGUUGCUGCUUUGCCUUAGUGUCAGAUUGAGUAAGUCCUUGCAAGAUGUCAGUCAAACAUGCCUCAGUCCAUGCCAAAUGGAUCAUCGGCAGAGUCAUAGGUACCAAGAUGCAAAAAACUGCCAAAGUGAGAGUCACCAGGCUGGUGCUGGACCCGUACCUGCUGAAGUACUACAACAAGAGGAAGACCUACUUUGCCCAUGAUGCUUUGCAACAGUGCACCAUGGGAGAUAUAGUCCUUCUCAAGGCUCUGACUGAGCCCAGAGCCAAACAUGUGAAGCAUGAACUGGUAGAGAUAGUGUAUAAAGUUGGUCGGGUGGUCGACCCGCUGACGGGGAAGAGAGUUGCAGGAACUGCGUUUGUGGAGCCUCUGACUGACGUUCCUCUUGAACAGGAGUCAACAUUAUCUGAAAGACUUCAGGAGCUCAACAUCUCUGCCACCACCAGCACAGCUGAUUCCCCGCCAGCACAAACGUCAUGAUAGAAAACUGUUCUUCCAUGGAAUAAUGUUAGCUUCAGUGCGACUCCAAUGUUUCUUUUUCAUGUGUUUAUGUUGAUAUAUCUUUAGAUUUUGUUGUGCAGUAUAUUUGGAUGGAGAGCUGAAAUAUAUUGCCCUGUUACCUACUGUGGUAGUUUGAAUUCAAGAUGCAUUUCAGAAGAAUUUACAAUAAAACAAACAGUGGUAAAAACGUAA